AGAAGGGUUUCAGAAUUGAGUGAUCAAGAAGAGGAGUGAGAAGAUGCCUUGCCUUAACCUCUCCACCAACGUCAACCUUGAUGGUGUCGACACUUCUUCCAUUCUCUCUGAAGCCACCUCCACCGUCGCCAAGCUCAUCGGCAAACCUGAGUCUUAUGUAAUGAUUGUACUGAAAGGAUCAAUUCCGAUGUCUUUUGGUGGGACUGAGCAGCCUGCAGCCUAUGGUGAAUUGGUGUCCAUUGGUGGUCUUAACCCUGAUGUGAACAAGAAACUUAGUGCUGCAAUUGCAUCAAUUCUCGAAACCAAGUUGUCUGUGCCCAAAUCGCGAUUCUUCUUAAAAUUCUAUGAUACAAAGGGUUCAAACUUCGGGUGGAAUGGGUCUACGUUCUAAACUCCCAUUCGAAUGGUUGUGUUGCCUCGAUACCAAGUGCGGUGUUUGUUCUGUUUCCAACCACUGUUAUGACUGGGGAUGAUGUUAUAUUACGGAUAUCUUUGUAACUGGUGCAAUUAAUACUUGAUUAGCUGUUUGGAACAAACGUGGAUCCUUUCCCCGGGAGACUUCCCAGUGAUGGGACCUAGAUCAUUGUUAUUAUCGUACGGUCGUUCUGUUUAAGAGAAUGGUUAGUGCUGAUUCCCUGUUUUGUCC